UCCUAGGCCAGCCGAGUCCGCGCCCCGCGCCCCGCUGGCCGGACCCCGGCGCGGAGGAGGCUGCCUCGUGUCUGGGUGCGCGCACAGGUCCCAGCCAUGCCACACAGAGAAUUGAAACCAGUCUCCACAGCUGGGCACCAGAGGCAGUCAUCUUGCACAUCCAUGCAGUCGGAAGUACAGAUUUCAACAGUUCCAACAGGUCGAGUGGACUAAACAUUCACCUGCCUUCAGACGGACUGGUGGCCUUGCUUCCACUACCAUCCCUCCUACUGAAGUGACUUCUGGGCUUUGGAGAGGCCGUUCAAUUGGACAUAAAGAAAACUGCCAAGAAAUGCAGUAUUUUCUCUCUCACAAGGAGUCCUGGUGCCAUUGUGGGUUCCCAGUUGGGCUGUAAGGUUAAUGGUUCCAGGCCACUGUCUACAGAUGAGAAGUGAGGCAUUGUACUCCUCUACAGAUUGACAGUUCUGCUCUGCUAUGUGGGGUGCUGUAAGUCGGAUUCAGUGGUAUUUGAGGAUGUGGCCAUAGACUUUACCCAGGAAGAGUGGGCUUCACUGAAUUUUGCUCAGAGGGAACUUUACAGAGAUGUGAUGGUGGAAACCAUCAGGAACCUCGACUCAGUUUCUCAACGGGAUAAUAAUGGACAAGAGAGGUUCAUUGAACAUAAAAUGAUGCGAUUCCUGGAGAAUGACUGCUGGUUGUUAAGAGAAAACUAUGAAUUCCAUGGCAGUGAACAUCACCACAACCACCAGGAAAGGCCUUUGAGAAAAUACACGGUAGAGAACCUCUGUGCAAGUAAAGAAGAUGAAGUAAAAUAUAAAGAUGAUCAAUGUGAAAAAUAUUCCUGCUGGAUUGCAAAUGUUACUAGUCUUAAUGGAACUCCUGGUAUAAAUCCUUUUAAAUUUCAUGAGGGUGGUGAUCAUGAAUUUAAGCAUGAGGUCAAAAUUCUCGGUGGAUACAAACAAUACCUGUGUAAGAAAUCUGGAGAAAACUGCAGUAGUCCCUGUUGUUUAAAGUCUCAUUCAGAAUUACUUACUGGAGAGAAACUGUGUAACUGUAUAUAUUGUGGGAAACACCGUAGUUGUUCCUCACCCCUCACUGAAUGUCUAAGGACUCACAGUGGUGGAGACACGCCUUGUAUACGUGAAGAACGUGGGAAAGCCUUUCCUCGGUCUUCACAGCUCAUUGAAUCUAAAAGAAAACAGUACACGAAGAACUCUUAUAAAUUUACUGAAUUUGGGAAAGCAUUUAUUUGCCCCUCAGUACUAACUAGACAUAUAGGAACUCACAGUAGAGAGAAACCUUAUGAAUGUACGGAAUGUGACAAGGUUUUUAGAAAUUCCUUCUUAAAUAGUCUUCUAGGAACUUAUAGUAGAGAGAAACAUGAGUAUAAGGAAUGUACAAAAGCAUUUUAUUUGAGUUCUAAUCCCACUAGACAUACACAAAUUCACAUUGGUGAAAGACCUUAUGUAUGUACAGAAUAUGGGAAAACCUUCAGGCAGUCCUCACACCUUACUGAGCAUAAUAGAAUACACAAUGGAGAGAAGUGUAAUGAAUUUAAGGAAUUUUGGCAAGACUUUCAGCAGUCUGUACCACAAGUUAAACAUAUAAGGAGUUGCGAGAGAAAGAGGACUUAUGUAUGUAUGCAGUGUGGGAAAACAUUUUAUUCAAGCUUAAAUCUCAUUGGACAUAUAAGAACUCACAGUGGUGAGAAACCGUAUGAAUGUAUGGAGUGUGGGAAGUCCUUUAGACAUUCCUCAUCACUACGUACACAUGUAAAAACUCAUAGUGGAGAGAGACAUUAUAAAUGUGAGGAAUGUAGGAAAACAUUUUAUCGGGGCUCAGAACUAACUACACAUAUAAGAACUCACAGUGGAGAGAGACCUUAUGGAUGUGAAGAAUGUGGGAAAGCCUUCAGGCAGUCCUCACACCUUGCUGAACAUAAAAGAACACACAGUGGAGAGAAACCUUAUAAAUGUAAGGAAUGUGGAAAAACUUUUAGCUAUCCUUCAAAACUAGCUAAACAUGUAGUAACUCAUAGUGGAGAGAGGCCCUAUGAAUGCAAGGAAUGUGGGAAAGCCUUUAGCUAUCCUUCAAAACUAGCUAAACAUAUAGAAACUCACAGUGGAAAGAGGCCUUAUGAAUGUACAGUAUGUGGGAAAGCCUUUAGACACCCCUCAACACUAAAAGGACAUAGAAAAACUCACAGCGAAAGGAGGCCUGAAUGUAAAGUAUGUGGGAAAACGUUUUAUUCAAGCUCAAAUCUAACUAGACAUAUGAGAACUCACAGUGGAGAACGACCUUAUGAAUGUAUGGAGUGUGGGAAAACCUUUGGACAUCCCUCAACACUACGUGCACAUAUAAGAACUCAUACUGGAGAGAGACCUUAUGAAUGUAAGGAAUGUGGGAAAAUGUUUUAUCAAGGCUCAGAACUAGCUAAACAUCUAAGAAUCCACAGUGGAGAGAGACCUUAUGUAUGUAAUGAAUGUGGGAAAGCCUUUAGGCUGUCCUCAUGCCUCACUUUACAUAAAAGAACACACAGUGGCGAGAAGCCUUAUAAAUGUAAGGAAUGUGCGAAAGCCUUUAGUCAUUCUGUAGCACUAAGAAGACAUAUAAGAUGUCACAGUGGAGAAAGGCCUUAUGUAUGUAAAGAAUGUGGGAAAACCUUUAUUCAGUCUUCAAAUCUUAUUCAACAUAAAAGAACACACAGUAAAGAAAAUCCUUAUAAAUGAUUGAAGAUUGAGAAAGCCUUCAGUUAUCCCUAAACACUAAGAAUGGAAAAUGGAGAGAGAGGUCUUAUGAAUAAUGAAUGUGUGGAACCUUUUAGUUCACCCCCACACCUCACUCAAUAGAAAAGUUACACAUGGUAGAGUGAAAUCUUUUCAGUGUAAGGAGUGGGGGAAAACAUUUAAUCAGACUAUCCCCCUCUCACCAGAAAACGCCCUACAAAGUGUUUUUGUAUAUAAAUAAAUGUGGAAAGAGCCUUUGCCAUUCCUCCCUCAAGGCACAUAUUGUAGAAAAAUAUGUGUCAUGAUAUGAGAAAGCCUAUCCCUUUCUCAUGACUCUUAGAUAACAUUAAAUCCAAGUGGAGAGAGCUCUUAUAUAUGUAAGUAAUGGGAAGAACUCUUCACUUCUCCCUGAGCUGUUUUAACAUUCACUGGCUUCAAAAAGGUACAUUUGUACUAAUGUUGGAAAGCCUUGUCUUUUUGAAACUCUGAAAGUAUAUGUGAUAAAAACCACAUAAUAUAAAGUGUUAAGGAAAAGGUUUUGCUUUCUCCCCACUACUUGCCAAGAUGGUAAGGAUUCACAGACAUGGACAUUUUCACUAAUUACUACUUCUGGAUGUAGGAGAAGUCACAUUUCAAAUAAAUCAUAUAUAUAUAAGGAACAUUGAAACAUUUUGGGGUUUUUUGGAAUUCUUAGAAGACAUAAGUGGUAGAGGAACCUUAUUCCACUCAAGUUUAUUGCAUGAAGGUGCUCAGAUCUCUUGUUCUGUGGGUGGCCAAGUCCCCUGUUGUUGUUUACUGGUUUUGUGUAACUGUCAUCUUGUGUUGCUUCCUGUGUUAUAGGAUGCUCUGUCUUCGGGAUCUAGAAGGUUCUUAAUAGAAAUCCAAGGUCCAACAGAUGUGCUCAGCUACAGGUUCUUUCUGGAAGUGAUAGUCCAUCACUACUUAAAACUGGGUUUGGCUCUUUUAAAGCCUAAUUGGGUGGCAAAACUGACUUGGUAGGGCAAUGACACUUUUUUCCCAUAGUCUCAUCCAAUCAAUUUGUUGGAGUUACAAGACCAUGACCAGAAAGGCCAUGUAUAAGGGAACAUGUCUUGUACUAAGAUUUACAUUUUGGUUUCCAGUUUGCUCUUCCUUCCCAUUGUAACAUUAAAAUACCUGUUCUGUCUCCUGA